AUGGCUGGGCGUAUGCAAUCAUGGCUGGGCGUAUGCAAUCAUGGCUGGGCGUAUGCAAUCAUGGCAGGGCGUAUGCAAUCAUGGCUGGGCGUAUGCAGUCAUGGCUGGGCGUAUGCAAUCAUGGCUGGGCGUAUGCAAUCAUGGCUGGGCGUAUGCAAUCAUGGCUGGGCGUAUGCAAUCAUGGCUGGGCGUAUGCAAUCAUGGCUGGGCGUAUGCAAUCAUGGCUGGGCGUAUGCAAUCAUGGCUGGGCGUAUGCAAUCAUGGCUGGGCGUAUGCAAUCAUGGCUGGGCGUAUGCAAUCAUGGCUGGGCGUAUGCAAUCAUGGCUGGGCGUAUGCAAUCAUGGCUGGGCGUAUGCAAUCAUGGCUGGGCGUAUGCAAUCAUGGCUGGGCGUAUGCAAUCAUGGCUGGGCGUAUGCAAUCAUGGCUGGGCGUAUGCAAUCAUGGCUGGGCGUAUGCAAUCAUGGCUGGGCGUAUGCAAUCAUGGCUGGGCGUAUGCAAUCAUGGCUGGGCGUAUGCAAUCAUGGCUGGGCGUAUGCAAUCAUGGCUGGGCGUAUGCAAUCAUGGCUGGGCGUAUGCAAUCAUGGCUGGGCGUAUGCAAUCAUGGCUGGGCUGGGCGUAUGCAAUUAUGGCUGGACGCACGAGGCCUCUGCACAGCGGCUAGCAGCUCUCUCGGAAAAGGCCGUCUCGGCUCCAUCCACUGUGCCAUGA